CGUCAAAACGCGUGAGCCUGGGUCUCACAGUGAGAAAUUACUGUUAAAUGAUUGGGCUGUCAAGGCCGCUUUGGGAUCGUCGUCGUCUGGGGGGGCGCUUCACUUUCUCUGGCCCUGUUCUUUUCCUCACCCCAGCAACAAGCCAAUAUUGGCCUCCGACUUGUUUCACGCAGAAGCCCCCUCUUCGCUCUGUUCUCCUUUUGAACCCUUGUUUUCUCCCCUCGAUUGCGACGUCAUCUGCCUUCUUACGAGACCUUACCUCUUUUCAAUUCUGUCCGUUGACAAACUCUCCACUCUACCACUCCUGAACUCUGUUUCUGUACUUGACUUUCUUGUCAGUCGUUGCUUACUGCGAUCUUGUCCACAACAUCAUUCCAUCAACGUAACAUCUAUUGACGAUUCUUGCUGAAUCAAUCAACACUACAACUUCAUACCGACUUGCUCCAAAUCUGCUAUCAUGUCUACUCCUCGUAUCAAGCGUCAAUUCGCUGGCGCCUCUGCCGACCCAUCUCAACGCCAAAUCACUUCCUUCUUCAAUGCCCGAUCAUCCGAUGAGUCUGCCAUUGCCGAUGCCGACAAGCCCAUGCAGCCUACUCUUCCUUCAAACGUCCAGGCCAACCUACUUAGUGUCGGUAUGCGAGUUCGCAAGUCUGUUCCCGAAGGCUACAAGACAAAGGGCACUAGUGCUUUCAAGCUCUGGACAGACAACGCACCUGUAAAUGUUUCUACCGCUACUGUGAAGGCAUCUGGCAAGGGGGCUUCCCGAGAGCUUCUCCCCUUCUGCGGAAUCAACAAGGUUGGCGGCCUCGACACCCAGCCAGAAUUCGAGGAUGAUGUACCAGACCUCGAUGCUAUUCCCGAGCUCACAAUGUCGCAAGGGAGUGCGGAGGGCGAGUCCUACGACGGUUCUCGAAAGCGAAUUUUCGACGAGGAUGACGACGAGCUCGAUUCGAGCUUUGAUAUGGGCAACCAUGGAAACCCUCGCGUUAUGGCUAUCCCAGUUUCACGAAAGGGUGCCGGUUUUAGGAGCUUUGGCCAGGACAACCGCAACUCAGGAUCCGACUUUGAUGAGGCUGAUUUCCUCGUCAACCCCGAAAUGGAUCUGGCCAACUAAGUCACAGUUUUGUUCAUUGGUUCAAGCAGAGCUUUGUAUGUUUUCAUGUUUACGAGAAGCUAUGUUGCGGCGUCACAAGCUUUGGGUCAGGCGUUUAGGAUUAUCAUUUAUUAAUGCUCUAGAGCGGUUGUAUGUUAUUGGAAGGCAAAAGCGCAUCGGGACUCGCUGUAUGCUGUAUGCAAAUAAGACAAACCGGUCGUUACAAGACCUACAAUUAUAUCCUUGUCCACCAACUUACAUACCAACGAAUGGCUCUCGAAAUUCUAGCAGAUCUCGUUGUCCGUAAAAC